AACAAAAAAAAAAAAAACGAAAAAGAAAAUUAGAGGUCAGAGUCAGACUGGCUGACAGUUUCGCAGAAAAGACCGACCGCGAGAAAUUAUCUUCCUCUGCUCUUCCUCGCUCGCUCGCUCGCUCGGUCUCAAUUCGCGGGGGGAUCACAGAGAGGAAGAUCUUCCAGUCUUGUUUGGGGGGCGCGAAAAUUGAAGAGGAAAUCACAGCUCGAGAGCUAGGGUUUUACUGCGGAGUCACAGUGAGAAAUGGAUCAGAUAAUGAACAAGGUAGGCUCGUAUUGGUUCAGCCAGAAGGCCAACAAGGAGAUCGACUCCAUCGGCGACGAUUUCAACUCCCUGUCCAGCAGCAUCAAUGGGAGUGCCAAAUGGAUUGUCAACAAACUUAAAGGUAAGAUGCAGAAGCCAUUGCCAGAACUACUCAAGGAGUAUGGAUUGGCAGUAGGGAUAUUCCCUCGCGACGCGACCAACUACGAGUUCAAUGAAGAAACAGGGAAACUCACAGUCUUCAUCCCAACAGUCUGCGAAGUGGGCUACAGAGACUCCUCUGUUUUACGCUUUUCCACUACAGUCACAGGAUAUCUCGAGAAAGGAAAGCUGGUCGAUAUAGAAGGGAUGAAGACGAAGGUGAUGAUCUGGGUGAAGGUGACUGCUAUAUCAGCUGAAGGCUCAAAGCUACAUUUCACUGCAGGCAUGAAGAAGACCAGGAGUCGGGAUGCGUACGAGGUCCUUAGAGAUGGUGUCAUCAUGGAUAAGUUCUAAUAUGUUUUUAAGUCAUAAGCUAGUACUUAUGUUGAAGAAGCUGCGGACUGUUAACCUGUCAUAUAUGAUUCGUUGAAUGUGCUAUAUAGGAAUGUCUUCCGAAAGGAUAAACUGAACCACUUUGAGUUUGUUUUAUGGAGGUGCUCUGUUUUCUUCUGUAA